CAUCACUGUGGAGAUCACUAGCUUCUCUCCACUCGCAACUUCCAAGCUCUCAUGGCUGGCAUUAUUGAAUCUGGGUGGCUGUAUCUAAUCACACAUUUCAGCGACUUCCAAUUAGCGAGUCUGGGAAGUUUCUUUCUUCAUGAAAGUGUUUUUUUCUUAUCUGGACUUCCAUUUAUAUACCUGGAAAGAGCUGGAUUGCUAAGCAAAUACAAGAUUCAGACAAAAAACAACAGCCUUGCUGCCCAAGAAAAAUGUAUCACCCGCCUGCUUCUAUAUCAUGUUGGUGUCAACCUACCGCUUAUGAUUGCAUCUUAUCCUUUCUUCAGAUUCAUGGGUUUGAGAAGUAGUCUACCAUUUCCAUCCUGGAAAGUGGUUAUAUCACAGAUAAUAUUCUACUUCAUUCUGGAGGAUUUUGUUUUUUACUGGGGACACCGUAUUUUACAUACGAAAUGGCUGUACAAGCAUGUGCACAGUGUCCAUCACGAGUAUGCUACACCGUUUGGACUGACAUCUGAGUAUGCUCACCCUGCUGAGAUAUUGUUCCUCGGCUUUGCAACAAUAAUUGGCCCCGCCAUAACUGGCCCACAUCUGAUUACUCUUUGGUUGUGGAUGGUUCUUCGAGUCCUAGAGACAGUUGAGGCACAUUGUGGUUACCAUUUUCCAUGGAGCCUCUCAAACUUUCUACCUAUAUAUGGGGGUGCUGAUUUUCAUGACUAUCAUCACCGACUGCUUUAUACAAAAUCUGGAAACUACUCAUCUACAUUUGUUUACAUGGACUGGAUAUACGGUACCGACAAGGGUUACAGAAAAUUGAAAGCACUAAAAUGCGAUGAAGUCAGAGACGACGGCAAGCAAACAUAAUUGAGAAGAUUAGUUUCGACCUGUAGAAAGAGGGGUUUUCACAUUGUGAGCUUUCUGCAUCA